UAUGCGCGUGCGCACGCUUGCUUUGUUACAAUACCAUAAUCAUUUGAACGUGCGGUAUUUGACGCAAUAUCAUCAAUUAAAAGUGUUUUUAUAAUGUUUUUACUAAAUUGCAUAUGUUGAGAUUCAUUUGAAGUGUAAAUAUGAAAGUUUGUUUCACUCUUUUUGUCGGAAUACACUUAUCGGUUAUGAUAAAAACGUGCGAUACAUAUUAAAGCAAUAACUUGAAUGAAAAGUGCUUGUUAAUCUUUUCAUAAGUGGUUUUUAAUGUGGAAUUCCAUUAGAAGUGUCGAUACCAAAGUGUUUUAGUGGAAUAGUCUCUAUUUAAUUGUGUUGGUACCUAUACUUACCUGGAAUCCAUUAUAUCAAUCGAUAGCCAAAAUUACGAGUGUUUUAAUGAAGAAGAAGAAUUAAGAAGUGUUGUGAACUGAGUAGAUAUACAUUAGUAAAUGCAUAUUAGAGUCAUUUUAUACGAUAGGUAGUCAAACUAUAACUAGGUAUAAACUAUAUGAAAAUUGCCGUCUAUUUACGUUGUUUUUAAACCUGGAAAUCUGUUAAAAGUGUAUUUACGUUCAAGUGUAGUGCACUUUUGUGAAAAAGUGUUUUGGUGAAAUGGUGCGUACGUAUAGGGUUGUCAGCUGUUUCAAGAUGCCGAAGAGAUCGAAAGUGGUUCCCGCCCCUAGCGGGGAGGGGGUGUUCACAAUCGACAUGUCUUCAACUUCUACGCUUGAUAUAGCUACGGCAUCAGAACAGCAAGUGCCUGCAGCAGCUGAGAUGCAGGCCCGCCACGGCCUCCUUUGGCAUCUGCUCAUCGACCUCCCCAUCCUACUGUUGGUGGCAGCAGUAUGCAUCCUUCUAGAAGUAGGCGCUAUACCCAGCAGACGCAGCGGUUUCCGAUGCAACGACCCAGACCUCUCCUUCCCACACACAGGAGACACUAUGUCCAUCUCCCUCAUCGCGGCUAUCACCGUAAUCGUGCCGUAUAUUAUUAUCUGGGCGAUUGAGACAAUCCUCCACCGAGACGACGAGUAUUCUAUUAAGAAGAAUAAACUCCUCUGCAGCGCUAAGACAGCUGGUUUCAUAUACAGAGACUACAUCUACGGUGCGGUGGUCAACCUAACCGUGCUUGAGAUACUCAAGUGUGUGGUUGGGUCUCCAAGGCCUACCUUCUUCGACUUAUGCGAGCCGGAUAAAGCGCGAAAUUGCAAUGGGUCGGAGUAUGUCCACAGCUACACCUGCACUUCCACGAGGUUCUCGCGAUACCUACAGAUCGACUCCAGCAGGAGUUUCCCGUCUGCCCACACCUCACUCUCUAUCUACUGUGGACUCUUUUUAGCGUGGUAUCUCCAAAGACGGGCCUUCAGUUGGCACAACCGCUCCGUCCUGGUUGUACCUCUACUUCAGGUCCUGUGCAUCAUCUACGCGAUGACCUGUCCUCUUACCAGGAUCACUGACCAUCGCCAUCAUUGGUGGGAUGUGCUGUCCGGAGCUGCGAUGGGACUCUGCAGUGUUAUAUACACGGUGCUAGUUCUCUGCAAGAACUUCUCUCAGCCAGCCGUAGUCAGCACUAGCGACAUAUCCAGCAGUGACAGCAACAACCAUCAGUCGGUGCGACGUUUACUGGCCAGCGGACCCCGUGUGGUCGGCCCGUAGCCACAACCUGUGUAAGGCUGAUGCCUUGUGGACAUAAAGUGUUGUGAAAAACAUUCUUAAUUUAAUAAAGGUUGAAAAAAGUGUCUGGUGAUCAAAAGAUUAACAUGUGACAAUUAUAUGAAACAGAAAAAGAAUGGGUAAACUUCUAAACUAGUUAUGAUGUGUUGUGACUUUUUUUUUAAAUAAAAUCAAUCAAUCAAAAUUUGGUGUCAAAAAGAAACAUGAAAUUAGAAGCAGAAUUAGAAUUAUUUUAUAUUAAAACAAUAUUAAAUGAUGAUGACAAAGAAACUCGUGAAAAGAUAAAUUAAUUAAUUAAAAACUAGAGGUUUCUUAUAGAUGCGAUGAAAAGACAAUAAAAUAUUGUCAAAUAUGGUUUUGGUACUGGGUGAUGUAAAUAAAGGGAAAGAUGGUGAAAAAACUGAAGAUGCCUAUUUUGUGGACACUGCAUAAGUAGUAUGACAAAAUAGUGCUGAGUCGAUUGUUAACGUUAGAGCUAAACUAAAAUGACAUGAGAAUAGUACUAUACUUUAUACAUGUGCAUGGAAUGCUGUAAAAGGGGUAGCACUAUUUUACUAGCCUAUCAGUUUACUACAUUGUAAAGAAUUGGCUGAAUCUGUUUAUUUAAUAUUUGUAGUGGUUGUAUCAAUUAUUGUGAUGUGUAAUGUAAGUUUUUUUUAACAAAUCUGAUAUGUAGAAUUUCUGAGCGAUAAAUUAGUUUUCUUACUAAUGUUAUUUGCUUUGUAAAUUUAUAUAGAGCAAAAGUAGGAUUCAAAUAUUCUAGCUUUGUAAAUCCGCAUGACUAGCAACGCCAUCUAGCUUGUAGAUUUAGAAACUGAAAAAUAUAGUACGAAUCUACAAAGGAGAUGGCGCGGCUAGUGACGUAAUACAAGUACCAAUAGUUUUCAAAAAAAUAUCGAUAAUAUUAAAAUUUGGUAUUAAUAGCUUAGAUACUUUCUUAAUACAACUUCUCAUAACGUAUUUAUUAGUAUUAUAUAAACUCUCUUUUUCUAUGUCUCUAUUUAUUUAUGAAUAAAUAGUAUUUGACUAGGUAGUAGGGCUAAUAUUUUAAUAUUCGUACAUUUGUAAUUAAAAAUAUCUAAAUAGAUCACUCAUACAUAUUUAGUAUUAUAAAUAAUACUUCAGUUAUGUGUGAACUCCUAUUUAAAAAUAUAAUUUUGAAGUAAAGGAUUAGCUGGUAACAUUUUUAUGGAUUUGUCCAAUGACGUGUGUUGACAACUUUAACUUAUGAUAUUACUUAAGAAUUGACAAUAUUUUCU